AGGAAGUUCUGAGGCUGCGUUUCUCUUUACUACACAAGAAAUUCCAGUCUGCUGUACCAAAUUCGUCAUCCAUGUUGUUUAUAAGUAUUGCAUCUCCUAUACAAUAGUCUCCUUUUAAUCCUUUUUGGACAAUCUUCACUUUGAACAACUCUCCCGGGAAUACUGUUUAUUUACUUCAUAUAAUAAGGUUUGCUUACUUCACCUUAUUCAGGCGGCUUAAAUUUUUUUUUUAAAGAAUCUGAAAAUAAAAUUUAUAAAACAAAAAUAAAAUAUUUAAGUUUGCAUAGUAUGCCGUAAAUUCUCGGCUACUCUUUUGCCUCGCAAUUAAGAAAAAGAAAUUUACAUGUAUGCUACCGCAGUUGGUGAUAUUUGAAAUGAAACAAUGGAAUACAGACUGUUGCAAUUUGCAGGAAAGCCUCUAUUGUGUCAAUUACUAUAGACAAAAGUUGAUCAGCUUUCUUAAUAACAAAUCAAUCUUUACAAAUUUAAGAAAAAUUAUGUUACCAAAUGAAAUUGAUAUUACCAAAUGAAAAUUAAAUUCGAGAUAAAAAAUUGCAUCUAAAAUAUAUUUUCGAAAACUAUGCAUGUCUAACGAAAACGAAGAAUUGAAAUAAUUUAAUUAUUAAAAAACAUAAUGUUAUAGUUUAGUUUAACGAACUUGGUGUAUAUAUUUUUGUUAGUUUUGUUGACAAUUUGGUUUGUACAGCAUGGUUUUUUUUAGAAUUUAGAAAAACAUAUUUUGAUUCAGACGUGUUUUUAUUUCAUCGAUUUCUAAGUUUUCACAUUGGUUCACCGAGCCGGAUUUAUAUUAUGUUAUAUUAUGCUUGAAAGUUAUUACAAAGAAUAUUAAAAGUUUUGAUUAUUGCUACGAAAAGAAGAUUAUUUAUUUAAUAAUACAUAUUACUAACACAUAUACAAAACAACCACGUGUUUGUUUUACUUUAAACAAAAAUUUAUCUGAAGAACAUUUGAUAUUUAUCACUAUGGAAAGGAAGAUAAAAAUUAGAAACAUUGCUGAAAAUAUGAUUAGAAAAAUAUUUAGUGGCACUGUGAAAGAAAUUUAUGAAAACUAUGAAGAACAUAAAUUUAAUAGGUUGUUAUCUUCGGAAAGAACAGUUACCACAAGGUUUCAAGCUUUGAAAAACUGAACCAGGAUAUAAUGUGUUGAUGAAAAUGAGCUUGAAAAUGAAACUGAUCAUGCAACAGAGUUUGAGUGAUAUUUUAAUGAGGAACUGACAACAUUGCAUGAAUUCAUUAAAUCAAAGAAAAAGAAAGAAGACAAUGUGAGCAUUCCUUCGACUUCUUUUUCUACAACCACAAAUGUAAAAUUAACUAAGACUUCGAUGAAAAGGUUUAGUGGAGACCCCACAGCUUGGAGAAACUUCAUUGACUCUUUUGAAUGCACGGUCGAUAAGAAUGACAAUAUUUCAAACGUUUAAAAAAUGAGUUAUCUCAUCAACUUUUUAACUGGGGAAGCCUCAAACUGUGUUAAAGGAUUAUCGUUAUGUAACGACAACUAUCAAAUAGCGUUAGAUUUAUUAAAAGAGCGAUAUGGGACGGAAGCCCAUCAGUGCCGUUAAUUUUGCUUCACAUAUGUCACCUUAAGUGGAGCAUAGAAAUAUUUUAAUUUUUUUUGUAUGCCUAACCUGGAAUAUAACACGGGCAAUGAAAUAAAAAUGUUUCUGUGACUCACUUAAUAAUACCUAACAAGAGCAGAAAAAACUUCUACGCAUGCUUUACUUAUGAAUUCAUAACAAGAGCAUCGGAAAAACGCAUUUUCGCUGCCCCACUUAGACUGCAGCAUUGCUACCAUUAUUGUUGUCAAGACCAUGUGAAGUUUUUCAUGACUGUUAAUUGAAGGAUUAACCGGAUUUGAUGUAAAUAAACAUGGCGACGGCGGUGCGGCUAGAUACAAAUGAAGAUCUUCAAGAUGUAACAGAGGUUGACUCGUUACGAAAAUUGCUAUGCACGGAUGAUGGGUUGGAUGUCCUGUCAAAAAUUGGCUAUCAUGGCGUUUCUCAGUGUUCUAACAUGGAAAGUAAAAAUGCAGUUUUAAGAGCAAUUUUAAUGAAGGACAAGAUGCCUAUGACGUCUGUUCUAGAUCAAAUCUGUGAACGACUCCGUGCAUAUGGCUUACUCGACGUUAUAAAAAAAACCCGGAAGUGUUCGAAGAUGUCUUUAGUAACAGCAGUUUCUUGUGACAGCCAAGGGGAUGCAUGUGCCGUUUUAAAGUUUGUUAGUGGCGUUGGUACUAUACCUCCUCUUGGUCUUUCUUCUAACCUUAUUAUUACAUUUAAGCACUGGUGUGUAAACUUGCCGAAAUUGUGUCAUUGCAAAUCUACAGUAUCGACGUGUAGCUUAAAUUUGACUUUACCUGUGCAUUACAACACGUUUGAAAGCAUGAAAACAGCCGUGGAAGAUUCUGUUUGAAUGUCACAAGGCUUUAGCAAAAUUUAAAAAAUGUAGAAAAUUAUUUGUUUACUUGUUAUGUUAAAUUUUGUUUGAAGUACAUAUCCGAGGGAAAUUAUUAUCUUAACUUUCUUGCAAUGAAGGGAGCUAAUGUUGCUUGUGUUUUCUGGAAAACAUUUUAGUUUAAAAUAUAAGCUGCUUUCUUAAUUUUUAUUUUGUGGAAAUACGCGAAAAGAAAAAGUCACUUUUUAUUUUCGGUUAUGGUCUUUUUAUUUUGUUGUUUACAUCGCUCGUUGUAUAUAUUAAACAAGAGUUGUGUUAUUAGAAAUUAGUUUUUACAUUUCCUUAGUUGGAUUCUUUUCAUAUGCCUUCGAUAAGAGCUAACAACGUAUCGUACAACGCUCUAGCUUCCUGAAAAUCUGCUGAAAAUGAUAAAUUUUCAUUUAGCAUCAACUGUAAAGCCAAUUUUUCAAAUUCUUCACUGCAUUGAAAAGUUUUUUUGGUGUUGUAUACUGGAUUAGCAGUGUAGCAUCUUUAUCAGAAACGGAAACUUUGUAAAUCCUA